AUGACUUCCACCUCAGACUCAGAGGCGGCCGCUCCCCACAGCCUGACGCCUCGUUUCGAUCCUCCUCUGCCGUCCGCGUUCGACCAUGAAGGUGCCAAGCCAGACUGCUAUGCGGAACAUGCGAAGUUGGUUCCUGCCGUCCAAGACUUCAUGCCCCCUACGUCGGUGGUCGAGCUUGCCAGAGCGACGCCCCCACUGUCUGACCGCGCCAAUGUGUACCGCAUCGGCCCAGAUACCAUCGUGAAAGUGCACGAAUACUACCCGUGCGCCGAGGCUUUCAAUUUGUCGAUGAUACGAGCGAUGACCACCAUACCCGUUCCCGAACUACGGCAAGUCGUCAAGCACAAGAACGACACGUAUCUGGUGAUGGAGUACCUCCGCGGACGUACACUGGCUCGAUGCUGGUCGGCACUGCGCUCCUCCGAGAGGCUCAGGAUCGCGGAGACGCUCCGCGGCUACAUCGCCCAACUGCGUACGCUAAGACGCGCCGUCCCUGGCGCGCUCGACGGUUCAGCCUGUAACGGACCUUUCUUCCCGCCCGACGGCGCGGGUCCGUUCGCGAGCUACGCCGAGUUCGUCGACUGGUUCAACCACAAGGGCGACGUCGCUAAGAGCACGGGGAAGGCGCCAUCCGACCUCGGCACUUUCGACGACGCGUCUUCGUUAGUGUUCACGCACCAGGAUCUGAGCAUGCGGAACAUUCUCCUCGCGAACGACGGGACCGUCUACCUCAUCGAUUGGGAGUGGUCUGGGUUCUACCCUGAGUGGAUGGAAUACGCUUGCAUGGCGAGAAAUCAAGAUACCCCGCAGACUUGGAAAGAUUUGAUCCCGUUCAUCGCAGGCUCUCAUCAAGACAUGUUCGAGCUCCUUUGCAAUGUUAGUUGGACUAUAGUAGUAGGCCGUGAUAUGUAG